UCAUGGCAUCCCUGUCCCUGUCCCGCGUGCUGGUGCUGCUCCUGGUGUCCGCGUCCACCCUCGCCGUGCCCAGGCCGCUGAGGGUGCAGGUGGCACCGGGCAUGGAGGACGACGACGGCUCGGCCGCCGAGCUGGCCGACGGCGAGGAUGGCGACGACGCGAGCGCGGAGGCGGACUCGACGGGCACCCGGCCCGUCGCCAUCCUGGAGCACCGCCAGGAGCUGCAGGACGACGGCACGUUCAACUACGCCUUCUCCGCGGACAACGGCCUGACGCAGAAUGAGGCCUUCCACCCCGACGGCUCCCGGACGGGCUCGUACUCGUACGUGGACCCCAAGGGCGAGACCAUCCUCGUCAAGUACCGCGCCGACCGCUUCGGCUUCCACGUGUUGGACGGCUCCACCAUCCCCAGCACGCCGCCGCACGUCGCCAGUGCCCCCGCCCCCGCGCCCGCCCCCAGAGGGGCCCCGCAGCAGGCCGCGUCGGACUAUGCGUCGCGCGGAGUGCAGGGCGUGCUGGACCCCAACUACUUCGGCUUCCCCAGCAGCGGCGGGCUCAAGACGUCGCCGUCCGGCACGUCGGGCAAGGUCAAGGCGGCCGUCAAGGCGGGCAAGGCCGGCGUCAAGGCCGGCGUCAAGGGCAGCAAGAGCGCCGCGCGUGCGCGCAGCAGCGCCAGCAGCAGCAUGCACUUCCUGCAGCGUGAGGCGCGCGAAGCCUUCGUCAGCGACCUGGACGGAGACGUGGACGUCGACGAGUCGCGCCUCGCGCUGAGGACGGUGCGCGCGCCGCCCGGCAUGGCCUCGCCCGCCAGCGCCAACGACGUGGACGCGGGCAGCGACGGCUCGGCGGACGACCACCACGCCCUCAAGUACGACGACGGCAAUUACGACGCACAUGCCACCAAGUACGACGACGGCAGCUACGACACGCACGCCGCGAAGUACGACGACGGCAGCUACGAGCCCCACGCCGCCAAGUACGACGACGGCAGCUACGAACCGCACGCCGCCAAAUAUGACGACGGCAGCUACACCAAGCACGCCGGGCUCUACGACGACGGCAGCUACGAGCCCCACGCCGCCAAGUACGACGACGGCAGCUACGAGAAGUACGCCAGGAUGUACGACGACGGCAGCUACAAGGGCGGCGGCGAGGGCGAGGGCGAGAGCGGGGUGCAUGAGGAUGGCGACGGCGACGGUUACCAAUGACUCGCCCCGGCGGCUCUGGAAGCCUCUCACUCGCCCGUCUCGCGUACCGUUGGGUACCACGAAGAGCUCGUCGCGGCUGCGGCCGAGACUCGAACCCGGGAUCACGACCACGAGGACCACGAGCUCCUUGACUGGCACAGGCUCGACGCCGUCGGUACCCGUCUUUCUCUUGCUCAUGGGUUCCCCCGCUUGUUCGGGCUGCCCGUCUAGAAGGCAGGAGGAUUACUCCUCCUUUCACUAGCAUCAAUUGUCUCAUUAAAAUCAUAUGGAACAUUCAACAAUUUGAUUGAAUCUUUGGGGAAGUUUUACAAAAGCCGUCAAAAAGACGAUCGAUGAACGAGAUCAAAUACUAGACACCUGUAGAUAUGGACUAAAAUAAAUAAUCAGAUAUUUUUCUACUCAUGGUUUGUGCUUUUGUGUUCUUCUUCCAUUUGAAGGUGAGGGAUUGUGUAAUCAAGAAACUCAUAAACUCAGAAGUAUUUCAUAUUUUCAAGGUAACAAAAUUUGUCUAACGGGACAAAACAGCUUACAACAAUGUAACAAUCACAACUGAUUAGAAAUAACAACUUUAAAAAGACAAUAUACAUGCAUCUUUGACAAGUGUGUGAGCAUAGCAUGCAACUAAAAACAUCUCCUAAACACGCCAGAAAAUUAAAAAUGGGAGGAUCCAAGGCAGCAGAUACUUCAAUAAUAUGCAAAAUACUAAAUCCAGUUACACUUGGAAAAUUAAAUGAA